AUGGCAGGCAUCGACCACUCAAGCUACUACACGCGGAAAAACGCCCAGUCCGCCGCCCUCCUCCGGGCGCGCCGCCCAUACCUGGUCAAGAAUGCCCUGACCGGCGUGGCCAUCGCCGGUGUCGCCGCGGGAAUCUACUGGUACACCAUCACGGCAGUCGGCCAGGACGAGUUUGAGGACGUCAAGGUCCCUGAGGUGCCAGCCCACCAGGCGCAGGAGAUCAACGCACCCAAGAAGUAA